UUCAUGGAGUUACAGCGCCCGUAGUUACCAAGACAUGGUGCUAACGCGAUUGUAGUAGCUUGAUCUACAAUCGUGACACAGUUGUAAUUCCAUCUGUAUACGGCGGUUAUUCACGAAAGGUUCAUCACCAGCCGUUAUUUAAUAAGUGCAAUAAUCAUUACUUGUGCUUUCUACGAAAAAAAGAACGAUUGAUUUGGAAGAGCAGUCACCGUAAAAUCUGCUGACUGCGAUACGGCAUGGUAUUAGGCCAAGAAAAUCUAUCAGUUGACCACCAAGACAAUAAGAGGGAACAUCACAAGGGGGGUGGUAGGUUAUACGGGAGACGGAAUGACGCCUCGUCCCCAUGCGUCUUUUGUGGAUUUCGGGGAUUAUCAGGAAAGCUGCCAUGCUGUGUUGUGGAACUUCCCGGGAAGACGAGGAUUCCAUGGCACAAGGGACAUCUGGAAUAAGAGCAGAAAAAAGCAAGAAAUCGGAGGCCAGGUACAGACAGGAAAAACUGAACUCCAGACUUGUGUCGCCGAGAGAGCACUCGUGUAGUCACGCAGACAAGUCUACUGGUGUGGAGGACGAUUCGCCAAGUAGCGCUUCCAGGUCUAAAAGUUCCAAUUCCAACAAUGGAGCGCCUGACAUGGGAAUAAAAAAUAUCGUCAUGGAUGAUUCGUAUAUUGUUCAAACAGUUGAAAUUAAGAAACGGCCGGGACAAACCCUUGGAUUUUACAUUCGAGAAGGCAAUGGGAUCGACCGAAGCGAGGGAGUUUUCAUUUCUAGGAUUCAGUUAGGUACUGUGGCAGAGACAAACGGUUUGUUACACAUUGGUGAUGAAAUUUUAUCAGUGAAUAAGAAAGAGGUAAAGAAUAUGUCUCUUGACGAUGUUGUCAUUUUGAUGUCUAUCCCUAAAAAGUUAACAUUGAAGAUAAGAACGAGAAAGAAUGGGAACAAGAACGCGUCUUGUCCUUCAUUAGCUGUGACAGAACAGCAACACCCCCCGGUGGCAGUUGUAAAACGAGGCCGUUCAUCCUCUGCUGACGCAGUAGAGGAGACUGAAAAGUGCCCGGAUAUGUUUCCUUUUUAUGGGACACCACCCAGCCAUGAUCAUUUUGGUGCUAGACGUUCUCGACCUACCUCAUCACAAUAUGCUAGUAUCUUCAUAUCACCUCACCGAGCUGAGGCUAAACUCUUAUCAGACGACGGGGACAGUGAAAAUUCUAGCGAAGGUUCUCUUCCAAGGAGCGUAGACUCUGGUAACAGAGGAUAUUACUAUGGUUACAGGGGUUAUGUAUCAGACAGUGCAUAUGAACCGACAGGGACCUAUACAAGUCCUACAUUGUCCCCUAAUCAUUACGGCAGUCAAAGUGAUCGGGAUUAUGCGAGAUAUAUGUAUUCAGAUGGAGGGCUUCCGAGACGAAUGACCCCGCAGACGACCCCAAAAUCUCCCGCCAAAUCCUUCCAUACACAACAAUAUCAACGAAAUCAGCCUUGUGGCAAUCCUGAUUACUACGCUGGUGGUCAGCCCCUUGAUUUUCAUCGAGGGUAUGAUACAUCUCGUAGGUUUCAGGGUGGACUGAAAGAAAUGAUACAAUCAAAAACCAAAUUCGGUCGACUUCAACGGAGUCACUCGCCAGAGUGUUACAAUUCAGACUCAGAGAUAUUAUAUACUCAUGGAGGUGGGGGAUAUAUACCGGUUGAUUCUCGGGGCUUUGCCUCGGAUUAUGAAACUUACGCUAAUGCAAUUAGUGACGAUGACCCUAUUUAUUCUAUUCCCAAGAUCCCGUCCAGUGGGAGUACCGAGCUGGAGGAGUUAUUGAAGAAAUUUAACACCCUGUCUCAGGAACUCCAGGAAGAACAGAGCAAGCUGAGUCGUCAGAUCUCGUCAUCGCGAGACAAAACAGGCACAUAUCCGGUAAACCGCACAUCAACUGAUUCACCAAAAGCCGAUCUCUUCACAACCAGCAGACGUCCCCAAUCGCCUUCAUCCAUACGAAAGGCAGCAUCUACACAGACGCCCUCUCACUCCAAGUUAAUCCGAAAACUGAGUGCAGAGGCCCUAUCUCAACAUAGAACAUAUCAAAGUGAGUUUGACUCGGUCAACUCACCUCGCAAUCACAAAUCCCUUCCUCUGUCAGUGUACCAACUGAACAGGGGAAAUAAAUCUUACUUAUCUACCUCAUCGGCCCUAAGCCCUGCCCAUGGUGACAAUAAGAACAAGAGUACAGACACAGAGGAAAGGCACGUCCCAAGGUCUUCGUCUGCAAGGUUUAGAGAUUUACAAUUAGUGAAGAAACCGCUGCAGAUACCUUAUGGUGAGUUUGAGUUUACAAGACCGGAUCCGAGAAAACGGGUCGAGUUAUCCAGAUCAAGGGGGUUGGAUGGCAUGGCUCAUAUACAUAUCCUAUCUGGUCAAGGAUUGAAAUCCUCCAAGAUGACCCUUCGGGACCUUUAUUGUGUUGUGUCCGUAGAUUCUGUUAGUAUAGCUCGGACAAUGAUUAGGACGGGGGCUGUGAACUUUGAUUGGGAUGAAGCUUUCGACAUCGAAUUAGAAGAAGCAAAAGAAGUGUCUCUUCUCAUAUACAACUGGGAUCCAAAUUUUAAACAUAGAUUGUGUUUUCAUGGAUCCUUAUUCAUCCAAGGGUGUUUAUCUAGUAAUAUUAUAAAGAAAGUUGCAUUAAAAAUGGAACCCAAAGGACUUCUAUACCUAACCAUGUGUUAUAAGGAACCAUCAGUGUCGUUGCAACGAUUGCCAUCUAUGAAAAAGAAUGGUCUGUUUGGAAUAGAUUUGGAGACGGUUAUAAAAAGAGAAUCAACAGGACAUAAUGUCCCUCUGCUUGUUAAGAAAUGCAUCAAGGAAGUAGAGGACCGUGGCCUGGAGACAGUUGGGAUCUACAGACUUUGUGGAUCCGCCCGAAGAAAAGCUCAGUUGAGGGAGCAGUUUGAAAAAGAUGCGGAGGGUGUAGAUCUUUCAAAAGACAACGUUACGGAUAUCCAUGUAGUGACAGGUGUCCUGAAGGAUUACCUUCGUGAGCUGCCCGAACCACUCUUCACUAACGCCCUCUAUCACAUGCUUCUGGAUGCUCUGAGCGUGCGCUUGCCCAGUGACCCGGACGGUAGUGCAAAACUUAUGCUUAGUAUCCUCGAGUGCCUUCCAAAAGCCAACCAGGAAACCAUGGCCCUGGUACUAAAUCAUCUCAAGAAGAUCUCCCAUCACAGCGACAAGAACAAGAUGACUGUGGACAAUUUAGCCGUCUGUUUUGGUCCAGUUCUUCUCUGUCCCUCCCCGAAAUCAACAGAUGACCACGCCCUAAAUUUCAAGAAACAUAUCGAAGUUUUGAGAUACCUCUUACAAAUAUGGCCAGAACAUUAUGAAAUGGUGACAAUCAAUGCACAACAGAGCUCCAAAGAGAACGUAGUGGAUUUGGAUAAAGAUAAAGAUGAUUCAGUGACGUCACAUCCGGAAAAUGGCAUCGAGAACAAAAAUGACUAAAACUAUAUUAAAUGAUUUAGAUCAGUUAAAGUCAGAUAAUAGAAUAUGAUUAAUAUGAUCACAAAAAUGUCCUCUAUUGCACAAAAUUAUUUUAAUAUAAUUAUUACCCUGAUUAUUAAUUUUCAGUUUCAGAAUGGACUUAAUUCAUAAACGAUGCAUAUCGAGGAAAACCUAUUUUUUCUACAGAUCAAGCAGAGUUUUAAGAUUCAGUUCAGGAUUUUUUCUCAUUAAAUGCUUCCUCAAAUAUUAUUUCUUUUUCAGUGCAUUGUUAUUGAAAGAAAUACUUUACAAUUAAAAUUUCCUACUUGCACAGCUAGCAUAUGACAGUUAUAUUUACCGUAAAUAACAAAAAAUAUUGUUCAGCACAUAAAAAGUCAAUUGGAGGCUUUGUUCGUUUCGUAUAUAUACGAUAUUACACAUUAGUUCUU